AUGAGGCUUUGCUCCAGCGCGAGAGAUCUAGCCGACGCGCGGCGAAUCCACGCUGGGAUCGUGAGAGCGGGGCUGGGGUCCGACAAGCGCGUCGUCGAUCAGCUCAUCCAGAUGUAUGGCAGCGUGGGGAGCGCGGCCGAUGCCCGGGCGGUGUUUGAGGGAUUUGCCGCCGCUAGCACCGAGCCGCCGGAUGCCUUCCUCUGGACCGCGAUCAUCACGGCCUUCUCCAGGAAUGGCGACCCGAUCGCCGCGAGGGCGAUGUUUGAUCGAAUGCCGGAGCCCAAGCAUCCAGUCCCCACGAACGCGAUGCUUGCUGCCUAUGCCAAGAACGCCCUUCUGGAGGAUCUCUCGCAAUUCUUCUCCUGGAUGCGCGAUCGCAGCAUCUUCUCCUGGAACACGAUCCUUGCAGCGUACGCGGGCAGCCUCGCGAUCGACGCAAUGGAGCUCGUCUUCACGAAGAUCCCCGAGAGGAAUGUGAUCUCUUGGAACACGAUCGUGACUGCCUAUGCCGAGGCUAGGGAUCCGAGACGAGCCAAGAACGCUUUCGAUGCCACCCCGGAGAGGAGCAUCGUCUCCUGGAACGCGAUCGCCGAGGCAUUCGCCGUGAAUUCCGACACCGAUGCCACGAUCCAGGCAUUCGAUCGAAUGCCGCAGCACAAUCGCGUCUCCUGGACCGCGACUUUCUUGGCUCGCGCCGAUCACCGCCCGCUGGAAGAGAUCAAACACCUCUUCGAUCGGAUCCCCGUGAGAGAGCCCGGGACAUGGACAGUGAUCGUCGUCCGCUGCUCGAAAUCCUCGCAGCCCACAGCAGCGCUGGAGCUCCUGGAUCGAAUGCCGCAGUGGAACAUCGUGUCACUCAACGCAGCGCUCCACUCGCGGUCGAUGGGCGAUCUGGAAUCCGCGAUGGCGAUGUUCUCGCAGCUUCCGGAGAGGGAUUCCAUCACCUGGAACGUGAUGCUCAACGCGUUCGCGCGAUUGGGCUUCUUGGAUCGAGCGCGCGAGACCUUCGAUCGGAUGCCCCAGUGGCACCUCGCGUGCUUCAUUCCCUCUGUCACGGCCUCCUUGGCAGCGAUCCGCGAUCGAUCAAGGAGAUCUUUGACUCCUCCCCCGAGCACAACGUAG